UAGGACCGGAAACUACUACUCAAUCGGGGCGUAAGUCUUAUCCGGUCUCGGUUUCCGAGAGAACCUAUCAUGAUACCGAGUUUUCCGGCUCAGCUCGACAUCUCGUUUUCGAGCAGGCUCGCGAGCUGAAAUUCCGUUGAGCUGCACACUCACGCCCGAGAUCUAGAAUUCGGAGCAAAGCGUACCGGGCAUAUCUUUCCGAAUGCGGCGGAGAACCGGCCACAUUGCCGUAGCCUUACCCCGAGAUCUUGACGGCCCAUUGGUUCGAGUUCGGGAGUCUGGGCGGCACUGCUUUUCCUGGCAUUCCUCAUUUGGCUGUCCGUCCCGUCGUUGGGUACGGACUGGGUGCACAGCAUCGUGCAGUGUGUCCUUCGACAUACCAGGGCUAGGACUAGCACUCUCGCAUAGGAGAAGGGAGCUGGCCAGACAGAAUCAUAGUUGUGGCCAGAUGUCGGAGUCAUCGAGCGGCAUGGGGGGCUGUUGGUCAACCAAGAGCAAAGAACCACCGGCUCGUGCCCCCCGGAUCUUCAUGUUUUCCAGAAAGCAGUCCUCGUAUAUCCAGAGAUCCUUGACUGCAAUAUGUACCAGUCUGGACUGUGGAAUGCAGUCGCGAUCAGAUUAUGCGGGACACCGGUGUUUCAUGUAUGGGCACUCGCCAAUGAGUUACCUACGUACCUACGGCGGUAUUACGCAAUUCCGUGACAUCUCCGAGAAGGCUGGGUCGCUGCUCAGCUUGUCGGAGAUAUCCGUCCAUGCGAUGCAUCCAUGGCUGGUUACCACUCCUCGACUCGUCCUCCAGCGGCAGUCUGGAAGAGUGAAGCCCAACCAAAGUACAUAUCGUAUAUACCACGUCUGCUGCCAUUCGCAAUCGCCUUGCAUGCAGGAAGAAGGGAUAAUCGUUCGUGAUGUUUUGUUGGGAAAGCCCGAAGCCGUCAGAGCCGGCCAUCCAACUGAUUCCUUCGCCGAGAAUGUGUACAGACAUGCGGGGCAAAAGUACAAUCCUGCAGAAGGAUAUCGGUCGAAUUACGCUGUUGCGGACGGGGAUUGAGCUGUCGACAUUGGCAGCUACCGCAGCGAUGGAGUUAUCGGCUUCAAUAUAGAGCAAUAGGUACUGGGGGUUUUGGGAGUUCGCUGCAAUGAACGAUGGCGAAGACGACGUAUCACCGCCAGGUAAGUCGGGGAUCACGAACGAGAGCCGCAUUCUGCAGGCGGACUCUGGCCAUGUUUCGGAGAUUGGGGGCUGCCAUCAUUGGAAUUCGAGAAAAACGCAGGGUGUUCAAGUUGGGGUGCAGGGGGUGUUAACUAGGGCGCAGGGGACCUUUUCGUUGGCAGCCA